AUGUCUGUUAGUUAUGUGAUAGCUCAUUCUAUUGGUAGGAAUGCAAUGACCGCAGGUAGCCUUGAGCGAAAACGUGUCCGCCGUUGUGUUGAAUUGGGCGGUUGUUUGUGGCCGUGGCGAAGCCGUACCAGUAUGAAAAAAUUAGUGCAGAUGGUGGGUACUGGAUCCGCACCUCCCGUUCCGGGAGUCUCCCGUCCGCCGGAUCCCGUAGUGCUCUCUGGGUCCCCGUCUCCCACCCUUCCUAGGCUGGCCUUAUGUCCAACCAUCGUCCAGCUGUCCUUGCGGACCCGUACGACUGCCGGCUGCUACUGGCUCGCCCCCCGGUGCCGCACCAUCUCCGGCAUGCAAGUUUUUGUUCCACUCCCUCCGUCCCUCACCCGUCUCCGGCCGUUGGGCCGUUUGAGGUUCCCCAGCGGGAAAGAGAGAGAGAGAGAGGGCCGUGGACAACCGAACUGGCCGGUCCACUUUGGAGAGUUCAAUGUUCCUAGAUUAUGCCGCCGCCGCCGCCGCCGCUGGGCCGGUGCCGGUAUGCCGUUUGUCCGCCGGACACGACAGACGGGGUGGAGAGGUGCUGGUCUCACGAUCCUGUGCCACGCGAUCUAA